AUGAAUUCCCCAAAUUUGCAACGUACAAGAGAAAGGAGAAGUAAAAUAAUUUUUAAAAGAUUGAGAAAAAAAAGAAGAAAAGAAGGGAAAGAAUUUAAUAAAAAAUUAAUAUUUAAAAGAAUAUUUUCAACAAAAAUAUUUUUAAUUUUAUUUUCAACACUUUUAUUAAAUGAAUUUAUUUUAAAUAAUGUUGAGGCUAUUCGUUGUUAUUGUACAGAUGAACAUUGCGUCCCUUAUGGUGUUUGUGAAUCAAAUGUUUGUUUGGUUGGAUUACUUAGGGCGAAUAAUGCAGUAAUCAGAACGUGUGGAAGUCAAUCAUUAGGGUGUCAAAGAAAUGUAGAUAGAUGGAGCCAUUUAUGUUCUUGUGACGAAAAUUUCUGCAAUACUUUUUUAUUUCUCAAAGCAAAUACAAAUAUUGAUGGACCAAGAAAUCGUCUUUCAUUAGAAAACCCUUCAAAUAAACAUUCUGACUCGUCAGAUCAAAGAAUAUUUGAAAGAGUAGAUCAACCAUCUAGUGGAGAAUUUGCAACGUUUGACCAUCAAUUAGAUACUGAGCCAAUGCCAAUCAAAAAUUCUAACUUGCUCACUCUUCUGUUAGUCAUUGUCCCCCUCUCUGUUGGAGCUGCAGCGGUUGUUGUUGUUGCUAUUAAUUAUUAUUGUCAUCUUUGUUAA